GUGCGAGGCGUGCGUGUGGAGGCGUGUUGCGAGUGCUGGCGUGUGACACACCAUCCCAGGUGACACGAGACGGGGACCGUGAGUGAGUGAGUGAGUGAGUGAGUGAGUGAGUGAGUGAGUGAGUGAGUGAGUGAGUGAGUCAGAGUGAGGCGCCGGCUGGGCCACACUCACCUCACAAUCAAUGACUCAGUUGCCACCAAAUCACACUCACCCAUCCACCGAACACAACACAGGAACCCUUGAAAGUUGAUCAAACACCCAUGUCUGCUGACGGUACAGCGACUGCUGACGACGGUACGGCGUCUGCUGACGACGGUACAGCGACUGCUGACGACGGUACAGCGACUGCUGACGACGCAACAGCGUCUGCGGGCAGGCCACGGCAGACGAGGCGUGGCGGAGGCAGCAGAGUGGUGCUGUGUAGGUGAGGUCGAGCGGGUGUCACUUCUGGACGUCUGCACUCCGCCACGGAGGACGCUAACACGGCUCUAGUGUAUUGACACCCACCCACACCAUGUCCCAGGUGGGUGUAAGCUGGGUGUAUGGCAGCAACACCCACCCACACCAUGUCCCAGCGAUGGUCGGCCAACGUGGAGGAGACGGUGACCUGCGGAGUGUGCUCGGAGGUGUACCAGGCGGAGGUACGGGAGCCGCUCAUCCUUCCCUGCGGCCACACCUUCUGCGGCGUGUGUCUGGCCAGCGUGGAGGCCGCAGCCGCCGCCGGGGGCCUCACCUGCCCAUCCUGCAGGAGCCCCCACCACACCCUCACCACCAUCCACCUUCCCGUCAACUUCGCUGUACUCGAGCUCUCAGGUCAAGCCGCCGACUUUCAGGAGGAGCCGUAUGCACAGUGCAGCAUUCAUGGUGAGCAGUUGCGUUACUGGUGUCGUCAGUGUGCGGUGCUGGUGUGUGGCAGCUGCAUCUUGGACCAGCACCUGAAGCAGCAUCAUGAUGUGCUGCACGCUUCCGAGUUUGUGGUGGAGAGGAAGCACGCCAUUCAGGCCCGGGCGCACCAGCUCCAAGUGAUCCUCAGGGAGAGCACCGGCAGGACUCUGGCUUGUCUACACCGCUGCCUCGUCCACAUUGUCUGCCUGUGUCAAGAGAGCAAGAGCCUCUAUGAUCUAGACGCUGAAUUGUUUCAAGUCUCUUCAGAAGUUAAAAACCUCAAAGAUGUCGAGUCCAUUUUAAAGACAGAGACGAGGUUGAGCACUCUUUACGAGAGGGGAGGCACUACUCAGGCUGCAAGCCCUACACAGGCUGGAGGGCCUACACGGGCUGGAGGCCCUACACAGGCUGGAGGCCCUACACAGGCUGGAGGGUCCAAAGGGGCUGGAGGGUCCAAAGGGGCUGGAGGGUCUAAAGGGACUGAGGGUUUUAUGGAGAGUAAUACUCUCAAAGGAAUGGAAGAAGUUGCGAAUGGUGACAGUGGAUAUAGUAAGGUUGCAGAUGCGUCAGAUGACACUAAUUGUACGACUGGUGAUAGCACUCGCAGUAGCAUCACCCACUGUCCUACUAGUGAUGGUGUCUCUGGUGACACUGUAGGUGGGGGAGCUGCAGGUGGUAAUACUGCCAGAGGAGCCACUGAAGCCAGUGGAUAUGAAUGUGUGGAUAGCACAGACACCGUUAUAAAAUAUGACAAAAUAAAUGGGAAUGACAACAAUAGGAAGCAUGAGCCGGUCCACAGCAUAAAGCGGGCUGUUACAGAUGGUACCACUAUUAAGAGUGAUACUAUUGGUGAUAGUAGUGUGAGGGGUGGUGGUGGUGCUGCUGCAGAUAGUAGUGUGAAGGGUGGUGGUGGUGCUGUUACAGAUAGUAGUGAGAGGAACAGUGAAACUUUUGCCAAAGUUUGCACGAGAGGCAAUGGUGGUGCAGAUGGCACCAGUGAAAGUGGAGGAGCAAGUAUUGGUAAAAUUACAGAUGGUAAAGUUGGUGCAUAUGGGGGUAUGUCUGGGAGUAAUGUAAGUGGGGGCCUGUCUGGGAGUAAUGUAAGUGGGGGCCUGUCUGGGAGUAAUGCUGCUGUUGGGGGCCUGUCUGGGAGAAAAGGUGUCAUUGGGGGCCUGUCUGGGAGAAAAGGUGUCAUUGGGGGCCUGUUCGGGAGUGAAGCAGCAGGCGGAAGAAUUCUAGGUGGUGGUAGCAUUGUAAGUAGUGCUCCAGGAGGCAACAGUGCAGGAUUCACUUGGUGGUGGCCCUUGACGUGUCGGGCAGUGAGCAGUGAUGGACGCCAGGCCGAGCUGCAGCAUGAGGAAGGCUGCCUGCUGGUCACACCUCUUGCACCCUACAUCACACAUCCUCACCUCGCUAUACAGAUGAGUGUGUUGGAGAGCGCGGUGGAGGCGGCGUGCCCUCUGGUGUUCCUGGAGGUGAGUGCUGGGGCACAGCGCCUGGGCAGGCUGGUCGUCCGACUCUGGGGUCGUCUCAAGCGGGCACAGCACUUCAAGGCUCUCUGCCUCGCCACCCUCGGCCCCUCCUUCCUCGGCUCCAAGUUCGAGUACGUGGGCAACAGCGGCCGAGCGGGCGAGUACAUCGUCGGGGGCAGCUACAUGGCGCAGGACCCCUACGCCGCCACGCAGGGCACGUGGGUAGAGACGAGGUGCACACGUGGUCUCAUGGACGACCUGGAAUGGGGCGGAGACUUCGUGGGAGAGGAGAGGGAAGGGCUGCUGCAAGGGGCAGGCGGAGGGCACCCAGAGUACGACUCUCUCUUCUGCAUCUGCAGCAGGAGUGACCCCGAGGGGGAGUCUCAGUGUCCCUUCGGGCAGGUGGUGGAGGGCAUGGCGGUGGUGAGGGCGAUGGUGACACACCAUACCGUCACCGACCUCACCAUCACGCGCUGCGGCCUCUUCCUUCCUGAUGUUUGA